AUGUUGACCGUCCGCUCACCUACCGCCGCUCUCGCGGUCGUUCUCAGUCUGCUGAGCGUCGUCCAAGGCGCGCCGCAGAACAGGAAAGGAAACGGAAAUGGCCGCGCCAACAGACAGACGGCGCAACAGCAGGCCGCUCAGGUGCCCCAGGGUAUCUCACAAGCGACCGACGGGUCCGUGAUCCUCGACAUGACCGCGAACGUCAACGGCCUCGACCUCCGGUUCAAGAUCAGCGGCCCUGCCGACCAAUUCACCGCGGCGAGCGGCGUCCCUGGCGCUGCCGCUCAGGCCGGGGCCCAAGGCCCCCUCGGCAUCAAUGUCCUCCUCCACGGCGACGGCGGCCAGUCCUUCUUCGACAUGCCCAACCAGGGCGUGCAGCAGAACCUCGCCGGCGUCGCCAUCCUCGCGCCGGACCCGAACCUCUUCUGGGGUGGCGGCCAGGGCCUCCAGCGCACAGAUGGCGUCGCCCACUCCCAGGCCGUCAACGACCUCAUCCAGAAGACCCUUCCGCAGGUGAUGGCCUUCAACCAGUCCAAUGUGUUCUUCACCGGAGUUUCUGGCGGCUCGCUGAUGCUCUCGGGCUUCUUCAUGCCCGCCCACAUCCAAAACUUCGCUGGCAACGGUGUGUUGCUAAACUGCGGCGGCCUCCCGCCCCAGGUCGACGUCCAGGACGCGCAAGCCGUCGCCGGCACUCGCAUCCACUUCCAGAGCACCCUCCAGGAGCUCUCGAGCCUGCAGAAGGCGAUCCCGGCGUCCAUCAAGGCAUACGAGAAGAUCGCCACCGGCGCCGGGCUCAGCGCUGACCAGGUAAACGCCAAGCAGACGGUCAACAACUCGCCCAACGGCGGGCACUGCGCCUUUGACGAGAAGGGCUUCGUGUCAGGGAUCCAGCUGGUCGCGAACAACUACGCCACCAUCAUGCAGGGUGGCAACGGCGAGGUCCAGGGCAUUGGAAACGUGCUGACGGGUGUUACUGGCAAUGAGAACCUGCAGUUCACCGGAUCGAGCCGGGCGAGGCGCGGGGUGAUUGGUUGA